UAGGUUCCUCAUUAAGGUGAAAAAACAAUCUUCUGGGUAUCGCCGGCAGCCAUGGCAUCCAAAUUCGCCUCCUUGGGUUUUCUUUUGUUGUCCAUGGCCAUAAUUAGUUCGGCCAUGGCGAAGGAGUACUCAUUCGCCAGCAACCUGGACCCCAAAGUGCUGAGGCUGAAGAAAGAGAAGCUGACCCAUUUUCAUAUGUACUGGCACGACGUCGUGGGCGGGACCAAGCCCACCAGCGUCGCAGUGUUGCCAGGGCUAAGCAACAGCACGUUGUUCGGGCUCGUCAACAUGUUCGACAACCCGUUAACCGUCGGCCCUGACCCCAAAUCCCAGCUCGUGGGGAAGUCACAAGGCCUGUACGCCUCCGCUGCACAGCAGGAAAUCGGGCUUUUGAUGGCCAUGAACUUCGCCUUCACUUACGGUAAAUACAACGGCAGCUCCAUCACUAUCCUCGGUCGGAAUCCCAUUCUCAACACCGUACGAGAAAUGCCGGUCGUCGGAGGAUCCGGCCGCUUCCGUUUCGCCAGAGGCUAUGCUGAGGCCAGAACUCACUUUUUCAACGCCACCUCAUUGGAUGCCAUUGUUGAAUAUAAUAUUUAUGUCUUGCAUUAUUGAUCCAUAUGUCAACUUCCCAUGUAAUUGCUUUGUUUUUCUUUUCCAUCUUAAUAACGUCGUUAUAUGAUUGUUUUUAUUUUUCUUAAUUGAGGCUUUAAUAUUUGAAGUCCUUACCUGA